CGUGUUGUAUGUAUUGUUUACAAAUUGAAUUGCAACAACUCUAACCUCACUUUUUCGUCCUCGCGACUUUCCACGUUUUAUACUUGGAAUUAUGCUAUCUGGGCUGCUACUUUUGAUUCUUAACACAGGCUUUGAACAAACUUUCUUCCUUUUCCCAUCUAAGCACUCCUUCUUCUGCAAAUUCCCGUGCAAAUUCCCGUGCAAUCUCGAUCCCCGCUUCCUCCCAUCCAUGCCAUCCUCCCUCCUCAUCUUCCUCUUCUGCAGCCUCCCGAAUUUCCUCCAUUCCCACUCGCCAUUCUGCCCCUAUGACAAGACAGUAUGAUAGAGCACUUUCUGGUUCUGAAACAGAACGCGAAAGUCAGCUUUCGCAUUCCAACUCUCGCUCGUAUGGCUCUUCAUCUCCAGAACGUUCAUCAACGCCUCCUCCGCGCACUAGCACAAGAGAGCGCCGCACAUCUGCUCCCGCUUCACCGGUUAGAUCUCGACAAUCUUCUCCUGCCCCCUCGCAUACUCCUCGGAAACGAGUAUCUAUCGCCAGUGCACUAUCUGUGCCCAGAGAUGACGCAUCUUACGACGUGACGAGCGCUGCGCUAGCUGCCGUGGCAUCUUCACGACGGAGUCCAACAGGUACAGGUAGCGCUAACCGACACGGUGAUAGAGUCCGUACUUUGGAUGGCAGGACUUCCCUUGAGCCUAUGACACCACAUCACAGCUCGCAUCAGGAUGGCAAUGCCAACACCUCUAACAGGACCUCUUCAUACGCAAAUCCCAAUCCUCAAUACUCGCCGCGCGGCUCUCGUGUCAACCGUUCAUCAACCGUUCGCGAGCUGACACGCCGUCACCAAACGCGUUGGCUAUCGGACGAUGUCUCUGGCCUUCCAGAUUCUGGUCGCAAACAAACACAACGCGGUGGCAGCGCCGAAAGCACCCUGGGAGCUGGAGGACGGCUGGUUGGUGAAGGCCUACGUGCUGCUGGCAUAGGUAUGCGGAACGGGACCCAGGCCAACGAUGACGUCUUUGCGCACAGCAAUGACUCGCAUGUGUCUUUACGUCGCGCACGGACGUCUGGCUCUAAUACCCCGACUGAUGACAGGAGGUCGGCAAGCGGCUCGAGUAGCGCGCGACUUGGUGAAGGUGCAGGUCCCUCCACAAGGUCACACCUAUCGUCAGAUCCGAGCAGAGCAUCAUCUUCACUUUUGGUUGAACGAGAUUCGAGAGGGGGGCGCACAGCUUCCUCAAGGCCAGCGACCUCGAUGGCAGAGUUCUAUCAUGGGGAGGAUGGAAGUGCUGGACGGGGCACAGCAUUUUUGCUCCGCUCUAGACGGCAAUACUCGGGCAUCGAGCGACAACCUUCGGGAGCAUCGCCUGGUGUCCGUCCGCUUCCUCAACAAGCCCCAGCAGCACCAACACCACCAGACAGAUCACGUAGUGGGACACUCACUCGACGUCAUACUACAAUGACACCCUCUUGGGAAUGGACUGCGGAGCAUACUAAACUCAUGCUUGAGUCUUUGACGAUGUUCGAGAACAAUUUGUCCCGUCUGCCAAAUCAGUCUGCGUCUGUGUCAGAUCUGUUCCGCAGCGCAGAGACCAUCGUUCUUGCUUCCGAGAAGUUGAAUGCGUUGUUGAGAACGGGUACAAAUCGAGCGCUGGAACAGCAGAUUGACGCCGAAAUGGAUGAUGAGAGAUCGGGCGAGAUACCCACGGGUGAAAUUUGGAGGAGGGUGGGAGGGGAGUAUCGCGAGAGCCUGCGUGUGAGCGACGAAGGGUUUUUGCUUGGAGUCGGCAAAAUUGUGAAGGAGGCAUCCGCUGGUGCUUUGAACGAUCCCGGACCACAGCACUCGAGAAGCGGCCUUGGUGAUGACGUUUCCCGCCGAACACCCGAAAUAGAUAGGAGCAGUAAUAGAAGUCGACAGGAUGGAAGGAGGAGUGCGGAGUCAAGACGGAGUUGGGAGCCUUCUGCCCCCACUGCUGACUUGUCUAGAAGGCUAACUGGCCACGGUGAAGGAGUUGCCGCACGUCCGCCUUCGUCAAGAGACCGUGAUCCAGAUCAGGAUCAGCCCUCCUCAUCACGCAAUUCCCUUACUCUCCCUCCGCUGCCGCUGUCUGCCACGCGUAGGCUUUUCACAACAACCGCGAGAACAACGUCGACGAGCAGUUUGCUGGACAAAAGCAACCAUCGCAAACCAUCUGCCACAUCCACCGCUACUAUCCGAGGGCUUCCCCUGCCGUUCGCCAAUACGACAACCGCUGUAACUACUCAUACGGUAUCCAACUCCCCUGAAAACUCAACUUUCCCUCUAUCCCGCGUCGACUCCAAAGACUCUGUUCGUUCAUCUGUAACCUUCUCGCGUCCUUCUGAAGUAUCACUAUCUGCGCUACAACAACAGCACAUACGAGACGAGGCACGAAGGAAGGCCAUUACGUCCUCUUCUAACACUGAAGAAGACACAGACGUUCCUCCGGCGCCUUCGCCUGCUCAAGUCCGUUCUCCACUUUCCGGUUCAGAGACGGAGCGAGAUACUCGCCGGCGGACGCUUGGUGUACGAGCAGCUCGUAUGUCAUUGGACAGCAUUCGUGACGAAAGGGAAGGUGACAAUGGGGGUCCUCAGUCACGCACCGUCACUAUACCUUCGCAAAGGCGGGAGAGGCGACGGACUGUGACUGAGGUGUUUGCAUAGCGAUCGUAGGGUCGCUGUAUGUGUUUCCCUGCCUCUUUCCAAAAAUUCUGAGUUGUAAUUUGCCUUUUUCUUUUCUUUUCCGCCAUUUGUGCAUUAUAUCCCCGGCAUUCAUAUCGACUACAUGGACUCUUUAGGCGAACAUUGCCCGAUUCCUCCUCUCAUUAACUUCAUUCUUGGUCCCAUAUCUUUGCCCUGGCCGGCUUUCCGAUUGAUUUUUUUAUCUGCUAUCUCCUCUUCUCGCUGUUUGUUUAUCUUGUCUUGUUAUACAAUGUGUCUUACAACCGCACGUAAGUUUUUUAUGCCCUUGGCUACGAGUAUACCAUGCACGAAUAUGAUAGGUCCUCCGUCGAAACACUACUGGUAUUAUCGUAGAGCUCCCUAAUUUUAUCCUGAUUGGCAAAA